AUGGUGACACCGACAGCAGACCUGGGUAGGUUGGUCACGGAGCUGAACAAGGUACAGAUAGGCGGCGCCGCAGACCUGUUGCGAGCAAUCCAGACAGCUCAGCUAGCCUUGAAGCACCGACAGAACAAAAAGCAGAAGCAGAGGAUCAUUGCGUUUGUCGGCAGCCCUGUGACUGCCACCGACAAGGAGUUGGAGGCUUUGGGCAAGAACCUGAAGAAGAACAGUGUGGCCCUGGACUUGGUGAGCUUCGGCGAGGUGGAGGAAAAUGCGCCCAAGUUGGAGAAGCUGAUGAAUGCUUUGAACAGCAAUGACACCUCACAUUUGCUGGAAGCGCCUGUGGGACCCAAGCUGCUCAGCGACAUUUUGCUUUCCUCUUCCAUCAUCAAUCCUGAUGGGGAGGCAGGCGGUGGAGGUGAGGGGGCAGGCUUCGAGUUCGGCAUUAACCCGAACGAAGAUCCGGAGCUGGCACUUGCAUUGCGCAUCUCCAUGGAGGAGGAGCGUGCCAGGCAGGAGGCCGCUUCUGGAGGCGAUGGCGCGGCAGCUGCACCCGCUGAGGCAGCUGCAACCCCAGCCCCUGCCGCCGCUGCUGCCCCUGCGGAUCCUGCACCUGCUGCUUCACUCCCGGUGGCUCCGGAUGCAGCGGUGAUGGAAGCAAUGGGCAUGGAGGACAUGGACGAGGAGUUGCGACAAGCACUUCUUUUGUCGAUGCAAGAGAUGGAGCCUGCCGCCGAGACAGCGGCGCCCAAGCGCAAGGCAGACGAGAUGGAAGCCACUGCCUUGGGGCUGCCGCGCCCACUUUGCACGGCGUGCCAUGCAGGUUUCGUGGGCUGCGGCGCAGCGAUGCAGUCGGUGGCUGCAGUGUUGCACCUUCCCCCAAGAAACGUGCGGGAGUGGGUGUUUGCAGGCUUCCGACGUGGGUUCGCCGGUCUGUUGCGGCUAAAGACGCUUGGCAAGAGUGCUACCGUCGCCGGCCUCCAUGUCCACGUCUCGGACAUCUUCUUGCGACUCGCCGCGCAAAUACUGGCUCACGAGGUGUCGCUGGGCCCGAACCAGAUUGCAGACCGUCUCAAUGCGGUCGCUUCCGUUGGCCUCCAGCGCCAUGUGCGCAGCUGCGCCAGGAUGGCGGCAAGCGACGAUCACGUGAUGAGUCUGCAGGAGCAAGAGCCAUCGGAUUUUUCGUUCUCCGUACUGGAGGGAGCGGAGGUGCGUAUCGCCAUCACUUCACUUGGUAAUGAAACUCUGAGGGUGAUGCAGGCCAGCAAUCUCCAGCAGCGCAACACUGUGUAUGAGGAUGCCGCCUCCUUUUGGUUGCAGGCAGUCAGACUUCUUCAGACGCUGAAUGCGAAUGAAGAUGCAUCCAGUUUGCUGGACGAGAAGGAACGGCCAGACACGAUCAAAGCGAUCGCGUCUUUGGCGCGGAAGUUCCACGCUCAACUCCUCAACCGCCCUCAGCCCACAGGUAAAGCCUCCAGCAGCGACGCCCUUCAACAGCAGACCAGUCGAGAGGUUCAAAUUUACAGGCUCAUUGACUUUGCGAUGCCGCCGUCGGUCGAUGAUUGGUUUUGCAUUUUCGAAACUCGACUGGACGCUGUCUAUGGAGAUGGCUUGGCAGGAGGCCGACAGGUCUACUUGCUGAGUGUCCAGGGCGCGCUGGAAACAUUGCAGAAAUACUACGGCACAGUGGUCAGCAACAGGUGCUUUGCUUGCUGGAAUUUUGCCGCCGCGUUUUACCAGGCCGUGGAGCACGGGCAGGUGCGGAGUAUCACGGAGGAAGAGUUGGAGUGGGUGGUUGCAAAGCCAGCUGACUUCCAGCUUCCUCAGCAACACCAAGUGCAGGCGGCGAUGCGGAUGCAGCACUUCACCAGACGGGAAGGCGCGCGUUCGACCCAUUCCAUGUGA